AUGCCGGUUGAUUUUUAUCGCCGUAGACUUCUACCUUGCUCAGGCCGAGAGUUCUUCAUGGGAAAAGGUUUCCCUUUAGAGCAUAAUUACAAAGGAGACUGGGUUAAAGUGGAGGAAUUAAUCACGACGCUUGGUGGCACUUUAAGUGCUAAGAGGACGAACAACGUAACUGACAUACUUUUGGUAGGACGUGAUGGAACCCCUCAAACAAGACUUAGAGAAAUUAUUGAUGGGGACCGGGAAUGGGCCAAAGACCGUAAACUUAAGAUUCGUAGCUCUGAAUGGCUUUCAGAAGUUUAUUGCCAGUAUCGUUUCUUUUUUAAAGAUAAACCACCGCUGGAGCCCGAUGCUAGAAGCAUAGUCUUGAAGGAGCCCUUUUACACUGAUGAAGACGGAUAUCUGAUUGUAACCCCGGGGGACAAACUCAUACCGAGGUUUCAAAUCAUUGACAGCAUUAUAGAGAAACGGCAUAGCUCCACUGUUGUCUAUGUCAAAGACGAGAAAAUUCAAGAUAUUGUGCCUAUGGUGAUAAGUCGUCAAGGACAACCGUAUACUGAUGAAAUAUUGGAUUACCUUCGUGUUCUCCAAACUAUCAAGUCUCUUAACACUAAGAUCAAGGUCGCUUCGUCUGCAACCGGCACAAAUCAUCAGGGGACGAAACCUAGUUCCCUGCUGAGUGCCCAGAUUCAGAUAGUCGGCUUUCAUUGUGCUGUUUUCAAAAAUGUCGGUUAUUACGAAGCGCUUACUCCAUACUGUUAUACUGCCCCGGAAGUCUUCCAGGGUAAACAAUGGUCAUACGCUUGUGAUAUUUGGAGCAUAGGAUGCAUAAUCUUUCGUCUCUUGACUGGCACUAAUUUCCUUUGGGAAACGGAGGAAUGUGAAGUUCUGGACUUAAUCUAUCAACGAGCUCCGGGCUCAUUGGGUGAGAAAUACUCACCAACCACGACAAAUAGUUCUCAAAGCAUUGAACACUACAAGCUAGUAAAAAACGUAUUACUGCAGAGGAAGCCUUAA